AUGUGGUGGGGGGGUGGUAGAGGGGGUUGGUGGGGUGGGUUUUUUGAUGGGUUUUGUGUGUUUGGGUGGUGGUGGUUUGUUUGUGAGGUGGGGUGGUGUGUGGGGUGGGUUUUGGUGGUGGUGGGUGUUGGUGUGGGUGGGGUGUGGGGUUGGGUUUGGGUGUGGGUUGUGGUGGUGUGGGUGGGGGGGGUUUUGGGUGUUGUGUUGUUUUGUUGGGGGUGUGGGGAGGGUUUGGUUGGUUGUGUGUGUGGUUGGGUGGUGAGGGUGGUUGUGUGUUGGGGGGGGGGGGGGGUGGGUUGUAUGGAGGGGGGGGGGGGUGUUUUUUUGGGUGGAGUUGUGUGGGAGGUGGGGGUGUGUUGUGUGUUUGUGGUUUGGGGUGGUUUUGUGGGUGUGUUUGUGGGGGUUGGGAUGUUUGGUGUGGUAGGGUUAGGUUGGUGGGGGUUGGUGUGUGAGGAUGUGGUGUGGUAUUGA